AUGGCUAAUAUCCAACGUCAGUGCAGCAUUCGUGCUAGGCCUUUAAGACUCAUCCGCCUAUUACUGUUACUAUUAGUAUUGCUUUUAUCGUCCACGCUGCAUUAUCCAGAUCUUGACUACAGCUUCGCCACCGCCGGCGCUGAGCUAUUCUGGGCACUGAUGCAAGUAGUCGAUAUGGACUGCGGAAAUUCACCCGAGAUCAGUUUGACCACACACGCCUGCCUUGACAUAUCUACCGCUUCUAUCUCCUUAGGCAUGAUGCUACAGCUAAGUUUGUGUAUUACUCGUCCUGGGCUCGACUCAAUAUAUUACUGGUGGACUAUGAUUUCAUGGGGUGGUCUUGCGUAA